AUGGUGAAGGUUACGCGGGUUUCUGGUGCUGACUGGGUUGUGAAUUACAAAUCUUUACACAUCUGUGCACUGAAGAACUCAUCAGUGAUAAUCAGCUGCACUUAUAAAUACCCUAAUGGACAUCAGAUCAUGAAAGUGUACUGGACCAAAAACCCUGUAAAGGAUGUAGAGCCUCCAGAUCUGUCUGAGGACCCUGAAUACAGUCAGAGGCUUCAGUAUCUGGGAGAUAAAAAGCAGAACUGCACCAUCAGACUGAGUCAUGUGACAAAGAAAGUUGAACAUGAGUACUGUUUUAGAUUUACUACUGAUAAAGAUGGGAAAUGGCUUGGCUCUCCAGGAGUGAUUCUCUCUGUCACAGAUCUUCAGCUGGAGUCUCCUGAGAGAGUGACAGAGGGAGAUUCAGUCCGUCUGACAUGUAAAAGCAGCUGUAAACUGACUGACACACCAACAUUCAUCUGGUACAGAAACUCACACACAUUGACUAAUAUUGGAGAUGAACUCAACAUCAGCUCAGUCAGAAGAGAAGACGCAGGCAGAUAUAGAUGUGCUGUACAUGGACACACACUCACAUCACCUGACGUCUAUCUCAAUGUCACCUAUCCUCCAAAGAGCGUCUCAGUGUCCAUCAGUGGGUCUGCUGUAAUAAUGUCUGGAGAUUCAGUGGCUCUGAGCUGCAGCAGUGACUCAAACCCUCCUGCAGAAAUCAACUGGUUUAAAGGAGAAACAUCAGUAAGAUCUGGAAGAAUCUUCAGCAUCUCCAAGAUCAGCUCUGAUGACAGUGGAGAAUACAAGUGUAGAGCCAGAAAUGACCAUGGAGUGAAAUACUCUGAUCCUGUGACUUUAGAUGUUCAGUGUGAGUAA